UGAAGCCGGAAAUCUAUGAGGCGGUUGCUGAAUUGGGAAACUUUUUUAGAGAGUUGUGCUGCAAAACACUAAAGCUGGAUGUUCUUGACAGGCUUGAAAAAGAAAUCCCAAUUAUCCUUUGCAAACUUGAGCAGAUAUUUCCUCCGGCUUUCUUCACCGUGAUGGUUCAUUUGUGCGUGCACUUACCAGAAGAGGCAAAGCUUCGAGGACCUGUACAGUACGGCUGGAUGUACCCGAUCGAAAGAAGGCUCCUUAAAUGUAAGCGUUCAGUUCGAAACAUGGCCAGGCCUGAAGGAUCGAUUGCCGAGGCAUACAUUGUUGAUGAAUGCUUAACAUUCUGUUCAAGAUACUUCGAUGAUGUGGAGACGAGAUUUAAUCGGCCGGGCAGAAAUAGUGCGCGGGAUGAUUCACAUACCGGUGAUGUCUCGGUUUUCAAGCACGGUGUGAAGUUCUUUGGAGCUUGCCAAUACUUAGAGGCCGAUGGUGCUGACUAUGACAAGAUGGUUUACUAUGUGCUCAGAAGUUGCUCCGAGGUGCUACCAUAUAUCGACCUAUGCAAGGAAGAGUUGAAGGAGCAAGAUAGCCGAAUCAAUGUUGAUAGAUGGCUCGCGAAGAAUUUUGCAAAAUGGUUUCAGGAUCAUAUUGGAAAAUUGCAUGAGGAGAAGAAAGUGAGUGCUGAUCUUUUUGCUUUGGCAUGCCAACCGGAUAGGCGAGUGAGAGUGUAUUCAGGAUGUAUUGUUGACGGUGUCCGUUACCACACAGUUGACCGCGAGAAAUUUAGAAACACACAAAACAGCGGUAUCCUUACCGAGGGAGACCACGAGAAGGAGAUUAUUGACUUCUACGGUCAGCUCAAAAGCAUCAUCAAGCUGCAGUACAACUCCAGCGGAGGCUUUCACCGUUCGGUCAUCUUGUUUAGCUGCGAUUGGUUUCAUGUUGGUGGCGGGAAGAAUCCAGGACUUAGAGAUGAUGGGCAUUUCAAGAGCAUUAACACUGCAAGGUUGUGGUAUAAGAAUGAUCCUUUUAUUAUUACAUCACAAGCAACAAAGGUAUUUUAUGUGCCAGACACCGCUUACGGUGGAAGUUGGCGAGUAGUGCAAAAAUUCCAGCAUAGGCAUUUGUGGAGUGUGGCCGAGACUGAAGAAAAAGGUCCCGGUGGUGUCGGCCUAACAUACCAAGAUGAUGAGGCGCCGCAUGUUCCGGUGGAGGAAGGACAUGUCCAAACCAGAUUGCGGAGGGACAAGGAACGUGUGCUAGUUGAUGCUGCAGUUGUUGAAAAAUUGAAGAAAAGGAGGCAUGAGCCAGUAGAGAGACAUGAAAGCGAGGAUGAUGAAGGAACCAGGACAGAUCCUACAAUGUUCCAAUAUUGUAGCGAUGGCGAAGGAAACAUGCAUCGAGUUCAUGAUUUUGAUGAUGAUGAGUAGUUCAUGAUGAACAAUAAGGUAUUCUGGGAUGCUGGAGCUGCUGCAUAAUGUGGACAGAGCGUCCCCAGUUGAUACGAAUCCUUGCUCCGAAUGAAGCAGUGGCGAUGUGCACCAUUGAAAGAUUUACUGUCCUCUGUAAAGCAUCAUACGCAGAUGAAUAGUGGAUUCAUUCUUACUUUGUUGUUUAGUUAAGAAAUUGGUACAUGAACACAUUUAGUUAGCACUGCAGCUCUGGUACUCAACUGUGUUUCUACCGAAUAGUAACUAGCGUUGUUUUAGACUUCAGGCAUCCGGUGAGAGCCAGUGGAAGUUGUUCCUUUGAGCAGCAAUCUAGCCAACUACUAUGCUUGUUUUGGA